AGAGGGAGGGGAUCGCUGAGAGAGAGGGAGAGAGGGAGAGAAACGACCAGAGUGAGUGAGAGAGGGGAAGGGAGCGCGCAAUCGUUUGGAACCACUCCAUUCUCUCUCUGCACACGCACAGCACCAACAGCAGCGCGCCAAGUGAGCCGUAGAGCGCGCGGAGGAGAGUUUGUGGCACCCAAGCCCACUGGCACAGAGGACUGUCUGAGGACCAAGGGUGAUCGCUGGUAUCACUACCGGCCAUUGCUCGUAGAUUGGGUGAUUUCUAAUUAUUUAAUUUUUUUGUAGUGCGUGUUUUCCUCGGUUCUUCCACUCUUCUACCUGCAAGCCGGAGGAGGAGGAUGAUGAUGAUGCUGUCAGAAGAAGGCGCCCGGUGAAGUAGCCUCUCGAGCCCCCGGAAUGCUGUGAGACCGGACUGGACGGAACUCCCGCACAACCCGGUCUCUCGUCAACGACGGUCGUCAUUCCGCGGCACAGCCCUUCGGACAAGCGUUUUUCGGCGUGUUAAAGGAGAAUCCCUCCGACUUCUCCGCCACUCAGUGAGAGAAGAUUGAAAAAAGGAUUUGGAACUUCGGUGGAAUCCGAAGGAAUAAUCGUCGCAGGGAUUUUCGGUCCGGGGCGCUGGAUGUUUUAUUUUGCGUGUGGAGGAGACUUUCUCUGUGCAAGCGACACAUAGUGGAUCCUUAAUUGUGCGUCGUGUUUUUUUUUUGGCACGGCCGAAGUGGCGUUUCGGAGAAGCACUGGAGCAUUGGAUGCCGGUUGGACUUUCCCUAGCUGGAAUACUGAGCUACCCUCUCCGGUUUCAAGGUUCUCCAAACGGUUCCUUUUCUGGUGGAGACAUGACUCCGAGGUCGGUGGUGGCGCCGGUUCUGAUGGUCGUGCUACUCCUGGCGGGCGGCGUGGCUUCGUCCGACAUUCUCUACCGACUCCCUGAAGAGCAGCCCCCAAACAGCCUGAUCACCAGCUUGGCGGCCGACCGCGGGCUCCCAGACACCGGCCAUCUCUACAAGCUUGAGGUGGGCUCCCCUUACCUGAGGGUGGACAGCAAGUCUGGGGACAUCUACACCACGGAGGUCCCCAUCGACCGCGAGACGCUGCGUGACUGCCGCAACCUGUUCGAGGGCGACAAAUGCUACCUGGAGUUUGAGGUGUCCAUCACGGACAUGAACAAGGGCUUCGGCACGGGCCCGCGGCUGAUCGAAGGGCGCAUCGAGGUGCUGGACGUCAACGACAACACGCCGCAGUUCUCCUCCCCCAUCCUCACACUGUCCAUCCCCGAGAACACCCACAUCGGGGCGCUGUUCUCCAUCCAGAUGGCCACGGACAGGGACUCAGGCAUCAACGGCGUGGCCGAGUACUCGCUCAACACAGGGCCGGACGCCGACCAGCUCUUCAGCCUCCAGGUGGCCGUGGACGCAGAGGAGAAGCUGCCACAGCUGGUCGUCAUGGGCAACCUGGACCGGGAGGUGAAGGACUCGUAUGACCUGAGCAUCCGCGUGGUGGACGGAGGGAAGCCCCCCAGGGCGAGCAGCGCCCUGCUCCGCGUCACCGUGACCGACCAGAACGACAACCCGCCCAAGUUCGAGAGAGACCACUAUGAGGCGGAGCUGUCGGAGAUCAGCCCCGUCGGCCACUCGAUCCUACAGGUUCGGGCCAACGACGCAGACACUGGAACCAAUGGCGAGAUUGACUACAGCCUUCACCAAGCCUCCGAGACAGUACAGAGGCUGCUCCGCAUCGACCGCUCCACUGGCGUCAUCUUAGUCAAGGGCCAGGUCGACCGUGAGGAGGAAAACUUCCUCAAGUUCUUUGUCGUGGCCAGGGACCGCGGCCCCAACGCCAAGAGCUCCAAGGUCCUGGUGACCAUCAGAGUCAGGGACCACAAUGACAACGCGCCAGCUAUUGAGAUCCGAGGUAUCGGCCUUGUUACCCACCAUGAAGGCGUGGCAAACAUAUCGGAGGACAUGCCCAUCGGCACGCCGGUAGCCCUGGUGCAGGUGUCCGACCGCGACGAGGGUGAGAACGCCGUGGUGACGUGUGUGGUGGCAGGGGAUGUCCCGUUCCAGCUUCGACCGGCCAGUGAAUCGGCCAACGACCGAAAGAGGAAGUACUUCUUGCAGACGACCACACUGCUGGACUACGAGCGUGUCAAGGACUACCGGAUUGAAAUUGUUGCUGUGGAUUCUGGCAAUCCAGCAUUGUCCAGUACCAAUUCUUUGAAGGUCCAGGUCACAGACAUGAAUGACAACAUGCCAAACUUUUCCCCAGCAUUGUUGGAGGUGGACUUUGCAGAGGGAAACCAGCCCGGAGAUAAGGUCUUGGACAUGAUGGCCACUGAUGCUGAUAGUGGCACCAAUGCAGAGCUGAGCUACAGCAUUGUUGAAUCCUCCUCAUCCAAGCUCUUUGAGAUUGAUGUCAACACUGGUGAGGUGCGUGUGAAGAACCAGCUGGAUCGUGAAGAAGUCCAACGCUACCAGUUCCACGUGGCCGCAGCCGACAAGGGUGUCCCAAGCAAAACAGGCACAGCCACCGUUGUGGUCAAUGUUCUGGACUGCAAUGACAAUGACCCAAAGUUCAUGCUGAGCGGAUACAGCUUCUCGGUCAUUGAAAACAUGGCCCCACUCAACCCAGUCGGAGUGGUAACUGUUACUGAUGCAGAUGAAGGGGAGAAUGCCAGAGUCAAGCUGUAUGUAGAGCCGGACAAUGGCAAAUUUGUCAUCCAAAACGGCACAGGAACAAUCCUCUCCAGCCUCUCCUUCGACCGGGAGAAGGAGAGCUCCUACACCUUCCGGCUCAGGGCAGUCGAUGCCGGAGAUCCACCUCGCUCCUCCUAUGUAGGGGUAACCAUCAAUGUUCUCGAUGAAAACGACAACGCCCCUUACGUAACCAAACCCUCAAACUCUACCUACAAGUACCUUCCCCCGGUCACGGCCCCAGACGCCCUGGUGGAGGUGGUCGAGGCAGAGGACAUGGACUAUGGUCAGAAUGCGGAGCUGGUUUACAGCAUCACCGGGGGCAACCCUUACAACCUGUUCCACAUCUCCCCCAAUAGCGGUGAAGUCACCCUGGCACAGGAAUUUGCCCGCAAACACAACGGGCUGCAUCGCCUGGUGGUGCGGGUCAGCGAUAAGGGGAAGCCUCCGCGCCACACCACCGCCUUGGUCCACAUAUACGUCAACGACACUGUUGGAAAUGUCACCCACAUAGAGGCUCUGGUGGGGCACAGUCUCUACACCCCUCUAGACAGGGACAUCGCUGGGGACCCCGAGUACGCUCACAGCCAACGCAACAACAUCCUGUAUGCCAUCCUGACGGGGAUCGCCGGGGUGAUUCUUGUCAUCGUAGCCGUUGUUGUAAUUCGGCACCGACUGCAGAAAGACACAAAGAGCGGCUACCAGCCUGGCAAGAAAGAGAACAAGGACCUGUUCGCACCAAAACAGGGUCCAAAAAACGGCAAGGGGAAAAGGAGCAAAAAGGGAAAGGCCCCUAAGCCAGCCAAGGCCCUGGAGGAGGACGAGGAGGCAAGCCUCCAGAAGGGCCUCAAGUUCAACCUCAUCAAUGAAGACGUCAACGACAGCCCCAGGAUCCACCUGCCCCUAAAUUACCCGCCAGGAAGCCCCGAUCUGGGCAGGCACUACCGCUCCAACUCCCCCCUGCCCUCCAUUCAGCUCCAACCCCAGUCCCCCUCGGCCUCGAAGAAGCACCAGGCGGUCCAGGACCUCCCGGCCACCAACACCUUUGUGGGGACGGGAGACAACACCUCCACGGGGUCCGACCAAUACUCGGAUUACAGCUACAAGGCAAACCCGCCCAAAUACAGCAGCAAACAGGUAGGCGAAUACUACACCACAAGGUACAACAGGAACAUCACGUGGAACAAUGAGGUGUGGUAGUCACAGGGGACUGGUUGGCACUCACAACACUGCACUGAUUACCUUGUCUAUCCGUUGUCCUGUCCCAUAGCUCACAGCCACCGCUCUUCAGCUUCUUUGAUCAACAUUUUAUUUUGGUUCUGUGCACUAUUUUGAGUUCACAACUUUUUUUUUUCUGUUGUUAGCUUCUAUUAAUUCAUAAUACAUCAUCAACUGUCUGUUAUUUUUUUUGGUCAUUUGUUUAUUGUUCUGUUUCACUAUUUUCCCACUGGGUGACAUGAAGGAGUUUAAAGAUUUUUAUUUUCCAAAGGUUUGAUUCCAAACUUUUCUGUUUGGGAGUUCCAUUACUUCUCAUUCAUUCAGAAUGUUUUGGUCUCGAUCGCAUUCCCUCCACGUCGAGCGGCUCCUAAUCUGAGAUAAGAAAGCUACUGUGAAUCUUAAAGGCGUUUUAUUAUGUGGGCUAUCCGUUUGUGAUGACCAACUCAGCUGGACUUUAGACAGUUGGUCUCUGAAUUGUGGCUUUAGACAAAACGAAGGGAGGGACCCGAGGUUUAUACCGUUGAUAAACCAAGCCGAAGAGGGCGCUUGUUUCACGGUCAAACAAUCGAAUAAAGGAUAGGUACAAUUAACGCCAUUUCCCAACAUCCGUCACCACUGCACCUGUCAGCUUAACUGAAAUAUAGCUUUUAAUUAUGCUGUCCCCAUUCGCCAGGGCUAAAGUCAAUUGUUUGCACAAAUUAACGGGAGGCAAUUCCAGGCGAUGACUCUGCCUCUACCCAUAGUGCCUUGCUACUAUUUAAUGUACAUGCUGAGGGUCGUUAACUUCAGCCCCUAAUGAGGGUCGAUGCGAGUCCUGUGGUUCUUGCGGCAAGCGUUCACAUUACAGGCCCGGUGUUUGUGGAGGUGGAUGAUGUUGUCUACUGUGAAAUCAGAGAGGAAGAUUGGCAGGUAUAAAGAGACGCACCUCGCACAGCAAGCCGGUGACAAUCAAAGUGAAGUCUUAUGCAAAUUGUACAUAUGUGAAUAACAAAACUAUUUUUUUGGUUCUUGUGAUUUUUCCUUUGUUUGUUUAAUUAUGCUGUUUUGGUUCGUGUGUGUUGGCUUUGGCACACAAAACGCCUGUUCGCUGAUACCUCACGUACUCACUCAGUUGUGUUCUAAUGACUUGUGUUCAUCGUUGAAAUAUGCUGUACCAAAGAAAAUGCACAGACACACAUUCUUUCAUACCAUGUACAAACAAAUGCACACACUUGUACUCCGGCAGUAUUGCAAAUGUUACAAGACGUCAUAUGUAGUUCAUUACCCUUAGGUAGUUCGGUUUCUGUUAGCCAUAGAGAGCUAGGGAUGACUACCGCUAGCAUACCUGCCAUACAGAUGUGGUUCAGGUCUAGGUCAGGAUUUGUCCUCAUGAGGGUUGGCUAAGGUUAAUGGAAAUGUUUAAUUCAAGAUACUCUGUAAGAGUGUCUGAGUACGUGUGUCUGAGUGAGAGUGUGUGUAUGAAUGUUUUGCCUGCCAAUUCUCCAGUUAUCAGUUCAUUUAAUCAUUUUUUUUGAAAGAUUGUAUCAGUUUUUCAUGCUACUGUGUCUUCCCGGCUAUGUUCAAAAGCUGUGUAUUCUAGUGGAAAAUGUACAGUGUGUGCGCGUGUGUCUUUUCCACAGAUUUCUAAGACAACUUCAAUAAACAUGUUAUCCAAA